CGAAACAAAGAAGAGCUCGUGUGUGAUGUGUUUGUGUAUCUUCGGUGUUUUUCUCUCUUCAGUGUUUUAUUGAAUGUAAACUCCGUGUUGUGUUGAGAUGUUGAUGAUGAGAGAUGAGAUAGAUGUGCUGUAAAUCAGUAGGAACUGAUCUGUCUAUGCUGGAUAUUGAGGAUUUCAUCACAGAAAUAUCUCAGCUGAAGAAAGAGGUGGCGUUACUGGAGACAAAGCUGAGGUUAAGAGGAGACGAAGGACUGAAGAGAGAGGAUGUGGAUUGUUGUGAAUCUUCAGUGUAUUUGACUGAUGGACGUCUGGAUUCAGUGUGGAUGAGCAGAGAUCAGAGCCGCACACCACAGCCACUGCUGGACUCUAAACUCUCUGAAGAGAAAUCCAGACACACACAGAACUCAGAGCUCAGUCUCACUUUACUCGGUUAUACUGAGUUAAAGCCCACAGACACUCAGGACACUACAGUGUGUGACAGUAAACAGAGCUUACAGGAGGAUCAAACCUCCACAGAGUCUCUGGAUUCAGUCUGUAACGCUGGAGAACAUCAACAGAUCCUGCAGACCACACUGAAGAUGUGUUCAGUUAAACUGGAGGACUGUGGGAACCUGAUGGUGGAGAUAAAAACAGAACCCACAGCAGAUGAAUAUGAAGACGAUCAUAAUGAUGGUCAGGAGUUUAUUAUCUCAGACGUGAAGAGUGAAUCAUGUUGUGAUGGAGAAAUAACGUCCUCAACAUCAGAAGAGCGACUGACAGCACAAACUCAAGAGAAGAAACUUCAUUCAGAAGAGCAAAGAGAGACGAAGAAGAAGCCGUUUAACUGUGAACAAUGUGGGAAGGAUUUUGAUUUCUUAUUUCAGCUGAAAAGCCACAUGAAGGGACACAGUGGUGAAAAAGCUUUCCACUGCAAUGAUUGUGGCAAUUACUACAGCAGCAAAAAAACUCUUAGUUUGCAUAAGAGAAUUCACAAAGAGAAACCGUAUGAGUGUCCUCACUGUGAGAAGACAUUCAACUACCAAUCCAAUAUGAAGAAACAUGUGCGUUUACACACCAAUGAGAAACCGUAUGAGUGUAGUCAAAGUGGAAAAACCUUCACACAGUCAUGCUCUUUAAAGUCACAUGAAAAAACAGACUCUCAAGAGAAACUCUAUCCAUGUUCAUACUGUGAUGAACAUUUCAGUGAUAAAUCUCAUCUGAUAAUCCAUGAGAGAGUUCACACAGGAGAGAAACCUCAUCACUGCAGUGUUUGUAAGAAGGGUUUCAAUCAGCGUCAAAGUUUAGUGAGACACCAGAAAUCUCAUACAGGUGAAAAACCUUACAAAUGCUCUCAGUGUGACAAGACGUUUACUCAAUCAAGUUCCUUAAAAAUCCAUGAGAGAAUUCACACGGGGGAGAAACCUUACGUCUGCUCUGACUGUGGAAAAAGCUUCUCUGAUCCAUCUCAAUUCAGAGCUCAUCAGAGACUUCACACUGAAGAGAAUCCUUACAUCUGUAGUGAUUGUGGGAAGAGUUUUAAUCAUCAUGUAUAUUUAUUGAGACACCAGAGAACUCAUACAGAUGAAAAACCUUACAAAUGCUCUCAGUGUGACAAGACGUUUACUAAGUUGAAUUACUUAAAAGUCCACGAGAGAAUUCAUUCUGGAGAAAAACCUUACGUCUGCUCUCAAUGUGGAAAGAGCUUCUCUAAUCCAUCAUGUUUCAAAAUUCAUGAGAGAAGUCAUUCUGGAGAGAAACCUUACGUCUGCUCUGACUGUGGAAAAAGCUUCUUUGAUCCAUCUAAUUUCAGAGUUCAUCAGAAACUUCACAAUGGAGAGAAACCUUACGUCUGCUCUCAGUGUGGUAAGAGCUUCUCUGAACUAUGUAAUUUGAGAGUUCAUCAGAGAGUUCACACUGGAGAGAAAUUUCAUCACUGCAGUGUUUGUGGGAAGAGUUUUAAUCACCGUCAAAGUUUAGUGAGACACCAGAGAACUCAUACAGGUGAAAAAACACCGUCUUGUGUUGAGAUGUUGAUGAUGAGAGAUGAGAUGGAUGUGAUGUGCUGUAAAUCAGUAGGAACUGAUCUGUCUAUGCUGGAUAUUGAGGAUUUCAUUACAGAAAUCUCUCAGUUGAAGAAAGAGGUGGCGUUACUGGAGACAAAGCUGAGGUUAAGAGGAGAUGAAGGACUGAAGAGAGAGGAUGUGGAUUGUUGUGAAUCUUCAGUGUAUUUGACUGAUGGACGUCUGGAUUCAGUGUGGAUGAGCAGAGAUCAGAGCCGCACACCACAGCCACUGCUGGACUCUAAACUCUCUGAAGAGAAAUCCAGACACACACAGAACUCAGAGCUCAGUCUCACUUUACUCGAUUAUACUGAGUCAAAGCCCACAAACACUCAGGACACUACAGUGUGUGACAGUAAACAGAGCUUACAGGAGGAUCAAACCUCCACAGAGUCUCUGGAUUUUGUCUGUAACGCUGGAGAACCACAACAGAACCUGAUGAAGAAGAUAAAAACAGAACCCACAGCAGAUGAAUAUGAAGACGAUCAUAAUGAUGGUCAUGAGUUUAUUAUCUCAGACGUGAGGAGUGAAUCAUGUUGUGAUGGAGAAAUAACGUCCUCAACAUCAGAAGAGCGACUGACAGCACAAACUCAAGAGAAGAAACUUCAUUCAGAAGAGCAAAGAGAGACGAAGAAGAAGCCGUUUAACUGUGAACAAUGUGGGAAGGAUUUUGAUUUCUUAUUUCAGCUGAAAGGCCACAUGAAGGGACACAGUGGUGAAAAACCUUUCUACUGCAAUGAUUGUGGCAAUUACUACGGCAGCAAAAAAAGUCUUAGUUUGCAUAAGAGAAUUCACAAAGAGAAACCGUACGAGUGUCCUCACUGUGACAAGACAUUCAACUACCAAUCCAAUAUGAAGAAACAUGUGCGUUCACACACCAAUGAGAAACCGUAUCAGUGCAGUCAAUGUGGAAAAACCUUCAAACAGUCAUCCUCUUUGAAGUCACACGAAAAAACACACUCUCAAGAGAAACUCUAUCCAUGUUCAUACUGUGAUGAACAUUUCACUGAUAAAUCUCAUCUGACAAUCCAUGAGAGAGUUCACACAAGAGAGAAAAGUUACGUCUGCAGUGCUUGUGGGAAGAGUUUUAAUCAGCAUAAAAAUUUUGUGAGACACCAGAGAACUCAUACAGGUGAAAAACCUUACAAAUGCUCUCAGUGUGCGAAGACGUUUACUCAAUCAAGCUCCUUAAAAAUCCACGAGAGAAUUCAUUCUGGAGAGAAACCUUACAUCUGCAGUGUUUGUGGGAAGAGUUUUAAUCAACGUGAACAUUUAGUGUUACACCAGAGAACUCAUACAGGUGAAAAACCUUACAAAUGCUCUCAGUGUGAGAAGACGUUUACUCAAUCAAGUUCCUUAAAAAUCCACGAGAGACUUCAUUCUGGAGAGAAACCUUACGUCUGCUCUGUCUGUGGAAAAAGCUUCUCUAAUCCAUCUCAUUUCAGAGUUCAUCAGCGAGUUCACACUGGAGAGAAACCUUACGUCUGCUCUCAGUGUGGUAAGAGCUUCUCUAAUCCAGGUUCUUUGAGUUUUCAUCAGAGACUUCACAUUGAAGAUAACCCUCAUCACUGCAGUGUUUGUGGAAAGAGUUUUAAUGAAAAUAAUAGUUUAUUGCGACACCAGAGAACUCAUACAGAUGAAAAACCUUACAAAUGCUCUCAGUGUGACAAGACAUUUACUACAUCAAGUUCCUUAAAAGUCCACGAGAGAAUUCAUUCUGGAGAAAAACCUUAUGCCUGCUCUCAGUGUGGUAAGAGCUUCUCUAAUCCAGGUUCUUUGAGUUUUCAUCAGAGACUUCACAUUGAAGAGAAACUUCAUCACUGCAGUGUUUGUGGGAAGAGUUUUAAUCAUCAUGUAUAUUUAUUGAGACACCAGAGAACUCAUACAGGUGAAAAACCUUUCAAAUGCUCUCAGUGUGAGAAGACGUUUACUACAUCAAGAUCUUUAAAAGUCCACGAGAGAAUUCAUUCUGGAGAAAAACCUUACGUCUGUUCUCACUGUGGAAAAAGCUUCUAUGAUCCAUCUCAUUUCAGAGUUCAUCAGAGAGUUCACACUGGAGAGAAGAAAUUUCAUCACUGUAAUGUUUGUGGGAAGAGUUUUAAUCCGCGUCAAAAUUUAUUGAGACACCAGAGAACUCAUACAGGUGAAAAACCUUACAAAUGCUCUCAGUGUGACAAGACGUUUGCUUGGUUGAGUUCCUUAAAAAUCCACAAGAGACGUCAUUCUUCAGCUUCUCUGAUCAAUCUCAUUUCAUAGUUUAUUAAAGAGUUCACACGGGAGAGAAACUUUACCUGUGCAGUGUUUGUGGGAAGAGUUUUAAAGGAGUCGUAUGACCCGAUUUCAGGUUUUCCUUUGUUUUAGAAUGUUAAAAGAUUUCUGUCCAUAAAGAAGAUCUAUAAAGUUGGUAAAGUUUUAAACCCAAAAGAUCUUCUUUUUAAAUGUGAAGCCUCACCAACACCUUUGUAAACGGCUCAUUCAAACACACCCCUGCAGUUUGACGUCAUACUGAAAUUUGCAUAACACCGCCCUAAUGUAUACGCAAAGAUAGAGGCUGUAAGCUUCAUUCGCACUGUAGUAUUGUUGUUAGGUCCGGUUCUAGAUGUUUGGAGCCCCCCCACACCCCUCUAAUUUUUAGAAUAAUCUGAGAAGUGUUUUUGUACCCUGUAAGAAAUCAUUUAAGCACUACAGUGAUUAAACAUGUUUUCCCCAUUACUUUUCUGUUUUAUCAAGUUAAUAAAUGUAUGUAAAAAUG